GUCGAGAGCAGCCCACGUAGAUCUCUUCAAAUAGCGAUCGCCGGUCGUCAUCAAUAGACACCUUCCCCCCUCUUUCUAAUGGACAAAUCACUAUCCCUCGUCCACGUCAAGCUCCUAGCCUUCGACCUCCUCUCCCUUGCCCAAUCCCCGCCCGACACCCCGACCUUCUCCCGCGACGGCAUCUCCCUAUCGCGCGCGGAGGUGCUCGGCGUUGUCGUCUACCGCGAGCACAAGCCCGGCCGCUUCCUCAAGUUUGCGGUCGACGAUGGCACCGGCUGCGUCCCCUGCAUCCUCUGGCUCAACCACGCCACCUCUCCCUACUUCGCCCGCCAACGUCCCCAGGGUGUUCGACUGAUUGCCGAUGUGGCGAACAGCCAGGCUUCGCUGGUGAAGUUGGACGCGGUCACUCGAGUGCACGGCAGGAUCACGAGCUACCAGGGCGUGGUGCAGAUCACGGCUUCGAGCGUCGCGGUCAAGAGGGACCCGAACGUGGAGGUCCUGCACUGGCUGGAUUGCUUGAAGCUGGCUCGAAGGGUCUACGGUCGCCCACGAUCGUGAGAAAUGCUUGCACGGACGGAGCCCAUGGACAGGACGCGAUUGCUAUAGAUGACGGUUUUCCAAAAUUUCGAUUUGAUUUGAUUGUUCGAGACACUCAUAAAUACGCUAUUCAUUUCCGUAUAUAUCAAGUAAACGUUUCACUGCACUUGAUGUCGAAUAG